CUCUUGCAUCAUAUGGUGGUCAUAUUUUGAUACCUCAUUGUUCAUCAGAUAAUUCAGUUGGAGGGUGUUUGACUCAAAACGAUAAAAGCGUGGAUCAGGUACGAAAUCAAUUUGUUCAAUUGCUUCGGGGAAUUACUGCCUCUGGAGUUAUGGCAAGACGAAUUUUGUUAGCAGGUGAAGGUAUAGAUAUGCCAGUCCAAAAUUUGGUUAAAGGAGUGAUUGGAGAGAAAUUAGAAUUUGGAAUGGGAUAUUGGCUUACUACAAUUGUAGUGAGUGGUCUAUUGAUUAUAUUAGCUAAGGAACCAAAUGCAGACAAGAUAAAUUUAACGAUAGUUUAA